AUGUCAAACUCGACAAAACCCUUCUCGCUCUCCCUCGGCGGAUCAUCCACGCAGAGCAAGAAGACCUCAUUCAACCUCCAAAAAUCAAGCAACACAUCGAACGACCCCUCGAGUCGAACCGCUCUCCCGCGUCGCCCUCACCAGCUUCAUCACGAUGAAGAAUCCGACGACGACGCCGACGGCGGCGCGCCCGUCCACGAAGCCGUAACAGGCUUCGACACUCUCACCGGCACAGCCAUCGCCGCCGACGGCUCCCACGAGAAACGCGACCUUGUCAUUCCCGUGACCAGCACCAACAACUGGCGCGACCGGCCGGGUGUCAACCUCCGCCGCGGCAAGAAGAACCUCCUCCCCAAGGAAGUUCAGGCGAUCCAGGAAGCGGCGAAACGCGGCGAGACGGCCGGCGACAAUGUCGAGACGGAGCGGCCGAGCAUGGAGUACGGGCUGAGCUUUGCGCAGCGCAAGGAGGACAACAAUGUUACCGAUACCGCUACGGCCGUCGCAGCCCCGUCCGCGGGGGACCAGCCCAUGGCGGACGCGGCGGAGCAGCUGCCACGCAAACCACUCACGCAAGACGAGAUCGCGCUCAAUGCGCUGAUCCGCGAGAGCAAGGGGGAGAUGGAGGCGCGGUCGGAUCUGGUGAUUGAGUCGGCGGGCGCGGACGGGCCGGGCGAACGGUACGACGAGACGACCUCGUUCAAGGCGGACGUGGCGUCCCGCCCGGAGCCGGCGUCGCUGGAGCAGUACAAUGCGAUUCCGGUGGAGGAGUUUGGGGCUGCGCUGCUGCGGGGCAUGGGCUGGAAGGAGGGCCAGGCUGUCGGGAAGGGCAAGUACGGGAAUUCUGCGUCUGCGGGGGCGGACCGGCCGCGGAUUCCGGAGCGGCGGCCUGGGUUCCUGGGGAUUGGGGCGAAGGAUUCAGGGAAGGGCGGGGCGGAGGCGGAGCUGGGGGCUUGGGGACGGGCGGCGAUGCGCAAGGGCGCGCGGAAGGGUGGGAAGGAAGGAGAGGAAGGGAAUACCGAGGGCGUGUAUAUGCCUGUCAUGAUGCGGAAUAAGAAGACGGGGGAUUUCGUCACGGAGGAGGAGCUCGCGCUGCAGAAGAAGGAGGCUGCCAAGGCGAAACGCGACGAGGACGACUGGAAGGAGCGGCGGGAUCGCAAUCUCGAGAGGAGUGGCCGUGACAGGGACAGAGGCCGGGAUCGAGAUUCUCGGCGGCGGGAUGAUCGUGAUGAUGAGGACAGCGAUCGCUACGACAGCCGGCGGUCGUCUCGACGAGACAGGAGUCGCUCGUCCGGGGACCGGCAUUCACGGCGCCGGAAGCACGACGAUGACGAUGACCGAUACUAUCGCGACAGAGGUUCAGACCGUGAGCGUGAGCGUGAUCGUGAUCGUGCUCGAGACCGGGACCGGGACCGCGAGAGACGGAGAUAUCGGGAUGAUGACCGGCAUUCGUCAAGUGCUUCAAGCAGACAUGGCCGGGAUCGAGACCGCGAUCGAGAUAGCGACGACUCUUAUCGGCGGAGGCGUCAUGAUGAUAGACGAUGA